AGCUAUAUAGCUGCACCAUUAAACCACUUUCUUUCAGAGAAACAUAACUUCAUCAACUUAAUAAAUGGCUGCUUCCAAGUCAUUUUCAGCUCUUUUAAUCCAAUUAAUCCUUCUAUUAUUUUUCUUUAACCCUGCCAAUGCGCAACUGAAAGUAGGGUUUUACUCCAAGACAUGCCCGCGAGCUGAAGCCAUUGUUAAGGAGGUUAUCAAUCAAGUCAUGUCGGUAGCUCCAUCCCUUGCUGGCCCCUUGUUGAGGAUGCAUUUUCAUGAUUGCUUUGUUAGGGGUUGUGAUGGGUCAGUGCUAUUAAACGCAACUAGUAGCACUCAGCAAGUUGAAAAAGAUGCACUUCCGAAUCUAAGUCUUCGAGGAUACCAGAUUAUCGACAGAGUGAAGACUGCAUUAGAAAAAGAAUGUCCUGGAGUUGUUUCAUGUGCUGACGUUGUGGCUAUUGUUGCUAGGGAUGUCACUGUGGCGAGCAAGGGACCAUACUGGGAAGUCGAAACAGGAAGAAGAGAUGGAAGGGUGUCCAUCGGAGCAGAAACCUUAACAAACCUUGUAGCUCCAAAUGCAAACAUUACUACUUUGAUUACAAGAUUUCAAGCUAAGGGUUUGAAUUUAAAAGACCUAGUAGUGCUAUCAGGUGGGCACACAAUUGGCACUUCUCACUGCUCUUCAUUCAAUAAUCGACUUUACAACUUCACUGGAAUGGGAAUCAAUAAUGAUUUUGAUCCCACAUUGGAUUCAGAAUAUGUAAGAAAAUUGAAAAUCAAAUGCAGGCCAGGAGAUCAAAAUUCGCUUGUAGAAAUGGAUCCUGGCAGUUUCAAGACAUUUGAUGAAAGUUAUUUCACACUUGUGAGUAAAAGAAGGGGCCUUUUCCAAUCUGAUGCAGCUCUUCUUGACAAUAGGGUGACAAAAAAUUACAUUAAGCUUCAGGCUGCCACAAAAAGUUCUACUUUCUUUAAAGACUUCGGUGUAUCCAUGGUGAAAAUGGGUCGUGUUGAUGUUCUCACGGGUUCUGCAGGUGAAAUCAGGAAGGUUUGCAGCAUGGUUAACUAAAUCAAAUUUGGAGUGACAGCGAGACACAACUUUCCAAAUUGAGAUUAAGAAAAGAAAAAUUACAAGGAUGAUGGGAGUACCUGCAUGCCUCUUAUGUUAUAUAUUUUAUUUGUUCUUUUUUAUUUCCCAUGUCUUUGAAUAUUUCCCAAGAAGGUUCAUUUUGAAGUCAUUUUUUCCCUUUUUUGAGGUUAAAGACUAUUGGUUGCCCAAUGAUGUGAAUACCGAAUGUGUCUUUACUUGAGAACAAAUAAGAUAUUUAUUUUGGAUUUUCUCUAUCUA